AUGGUAGCGGUUCAGGGCGGGCAGGACGAUUCCCCUGCCUCUCCUGGCGUCACAAGACCACUCGUUACCCAGACGGCAGGUGGAGAUAUCGUAGUUGACACCAUCAUGGCAGACGACCAGCAGGCGGUUCCCGUAUCGAGCCGCGGGCCAGACACGGUCGGAGCCUCGGUCGAUCACGGUUUAAACUCGUCAACGCCUGGCGGCGGCGACGGAGCGUCGACGCGUCAGACAGCGGUAUCACAACCCCGAUUACCUGAGGGGGUAAAGACGACUUCAUCCACGCCGGCCGUGGAGCACGUACCUCCUAAGGAGCUUUUUGAGGCUCUAAUUGAGUCGAUGAAAGCCUAA